AUGAGCAGGGAGCAACUGAAUGAUGGAAAUGGAAGGAUGAAGGUUGCGUGUCCUGGUUGUGGAAUAUCUGAAUGUGUUGUUGUAGGUGUGGAGCAGUUGUGGCAAGAAUAUACUAUGACUGAAAAGACAAAACUUGAGAACUUAAAGCCCUGGGCUUGCAGUGGGGAACUUACGCUGCACCCUGGAUGGGGAUUUAGGUGUGGGCGUGGUAAGGGAUUGAAUUGCUCUUGUCCCACCCUCGUCCUAAAACUGGAAGGAGCUUGUUACACCGAACAUCUUGAGAAAGAACACUGGACAAGCCCCUUCAUUAGCAGAAAUAGUAUCGGCCCUGUAGGAGUAGGGGAAAGUUACCAGUUGGGAAUGGAGUUUGGAUCUGGCUAUAGCAGGGAAAGAAACUGGGAGCGGGGGCCUCACCGCCCCACCCCCCUUUCCCUGGCUCUGGUUACAGCCUCUCGAGUUGAACAAACUUGCUGCAGGCGGAUUGGCGAUCAGGAGCUCUCCGGCUUGGGCGUUGUAUUUAUUAAUUUAUAUUCCGCGGGGCCCUUGCGCGGGCCGCUCCUUUGUAUCCGGCAGCCGCUGCCUGGGCCCGGGGCCCGGCGGGGAGCGCGCCCCCCGCGUCCGCUCGACCCCCAAGGCCAGCACGUGCUGCACCCGCCCGCCCGGCCCGCCGAGGGGGCGGAGGCCCCGGCUUUUCUCCUAACUCACUCUCGGCCAGAAGGAGGAGCCGCGGCAGCAGAAGGCGACAGCUGCCCGGCCCGGGGAGCGCGGCAGAGAGGGGGCUGCAGCGCCCGGGCGCCGGGCCACUCUUGGCGGCGGCGGCGGCGGCGGCCGGGGAGGCGGGGAGCGGCGGGCCGCUCGGGAUGUUCCCGGGCACUUCCUGACUGGCUGGCAGCGCGCACACGGCCCGACUCGCACGUCUCCGGCCCCCUGGUCGCUCGCUCGCCUGCUCGCGCGGGCCCGCUCUGCGUCGGCCGCACCGCGGUGGAGGCGCGCGAAGGAGACGCGGCCGGGGAUGAGCUGAUUGCGGGUGAAUACGCCGCCGCCUGGCCCCGAGAGGCCGCGAGGAGCCGCUUUUCUCCGAGUCGCCGCCCUGCCCUUGGAUUUGAGAUCAUGUACGUACGCGUCGCGGUCCUGCCAUUGUCUCUACCCCAACGCGUGUCGUGCGCCCCAGCGCGAGGGGCUUUCGCUCAUCCUCGCCGCGCGCUGCCCCCCGCACUUCCUGUUCUGAUUAAAGAGAUCCUCGCGCUGACCACGCGCCUCUUCUCCCCCCUCACCCCCUCCCUGUCGUGUAGGUCCAUUCACAUCGUGGCGCUCGGGAACGAGGGGGACGCGUUUCACCAGGACAAUCGGCCGUCGGGGCUCAUCCGCACUUACCUGGGGAGAAGCCCGCUGGUCUCGGGGGACGAAAGCAGCUUGUUGCUGAACGCCACCAGUACGGUCGCACGUCCCGUGUUCACCGAGUAUCAGGCCAGCGCGUUUGGGAAUGUCAAGCUGGUGGUCCACGACUGCCCCGUCUGGGACAUUUUUGACAGUGAUUGGUAUACCUCUAGAAAUCUAAUUGGGAGUGCUGACAUCAUUGUGAUCAAAUACAACGUAAAUGACAAGUUUUCAUUCCACGAAGUAAAGGAUAAUUAUAUUCCAGUGAUUAAAAGGGCAUUAAAUUCAGUUCCAGUAAUCAUUGCUGCUGUUGGCACCAGACAAAAUGAAGAAUUACCUUGUACAUGCCCACUGUGUACCUCAGACAGAGGGAGCUGUGUCAGUACAACCGAAGGGAUCCAACUUGCUAAAGAACUAGGAGCCACCUAUCUUGAACUACACAGCCUUGAUGACUUCUACAUAGGAAAGUAUUUUGGAGGAGUGUUGGAGUAUUUUAUGAUUCAAGCCUUAAAUCAGAAGACAAGUGAAAAAAUGAAGAAAAGGAAAAUGAGCAACUCGUUUCAUGGAGUUAGACCACCUCAGCUUGAACAACCAGAAAAAAUGCCUGUCUUAAAGGCUGAAGCAUCGCAUUAUAACUCUGAUUUAAAUAAUUUGCUGUUCUGCUGCCAGUGUGUGGACGUGGUAUUUUACAACCCAGAUUUAAAGGAAGUUGCCGAGGCCCACAAGAUUGUUCUCUGUGCCGUAAGCCAUGUUUUCAUGCUGCUUUUCAAUGUGAAGAGUCCCGCUGACAUUCAGGAUUCCAGUAUCAUCCGUACCACCCAGGACCUCUUUGCCAUAAACAGAGAUACUGCAUUUCCAGGUGCUAGCCAGGAUUCUCCAGGCAACCCACCAUUACGUGUCAUCGUUAAAGACGCCCUCUUCUGUUCUUGUUUAUCGGACAUUCUGCGCUUCAUUUAUUCAGGUGCUUUUCAGUGGGAAGAAUUGGAAGAAGAUAUCAGGAAGAAAUUGAAAGAUUCUGGGGAUGUUUCAAAUGUAAUCGAGAAAGUUAAAUGCAUUUUGAAAACACCAGGAAAGAUAAAUUGUCUAAGGAAUUGCAAAACUUAUCAAGCCAGAAAACCUCUGUGGUUUUAUAACACUUCCCUGAAGUUUUUCCUUAAUAAACCAAUGCUUGCUGAUGUUGUCUUUGAAAUACAAGGUACAACAGUGCCAGCCCACAGGGCUAUCCUGGUGGCCCGUUGUGAAGUGAUGGCAGCUAUGUUUAAUGGGAAUUACAUGGAAGCAAAAAGUGUUCUGAUUCCAGUUUAUGGAGUUUCCAAAGAGACUUUCUUGUCAUUCUUAGAAUAUCUAUACACAGACUCCUGUUGCCCAGGUGGAGGUGGUGUUGGGAUAACAGUGAGUUUUCGGUCAGCUCAGGUGGAGGAGCAGUGGUUGGGCACCUCUUUCAGGCUUUCAGACUCAGGCAUAAGUCCCAGCCAGCACCAAUAG